AUGUCGAUUCAGACGGAAUACCUUGCUGACUGUGCUGUGAAGACCGUUGAUGACGCACGCAAGGCCACCAGGAAACUGCUCGAACUUGGCCCAUCAAUAGUAAUCACUACACUGGGCUCGAAGGGUGCUGUUUAUGAAACAAAAGAUGGAAAAACCGGGCAUGUGACAGUGCCGCCGGUGCAAGCUGUCGAAACUACGGGUGCAGGCGACAGCUUCUGCGGUGCGUUGGCGUAUUUCCUAGUGAAGCGGCCUGAACUUGAGCUGGAGGAUCAGAUACGACGUGCCGCACUGAUCGCCUCCUAUUCCGUACAACGAAAAGGCACCCGCGACUCAUAUCCAUGGCCGAAAGAUUUGCCCACUGAGUUGCUCAAAUGA